CCGUUCAUACGCCUUGCCGCUCGUUUGGGGAAAGCAAAGCAAUCACUGCCUGACCGGCUCGUUUUCGACGCGCACGUCACCGUCCUUCUUCCCGCCUUCUUCGUCUUGGGGUUGCCACUCGCUGCUCCGCCUGCUCAUGCUCAAGCCUCCGCUGGCAUGCCUGCGGAAACCAGGGCUCACCAGCGGACUGCCGAUGCUUCCAGGAAUACUGUCACUCCUCGCGUCAACAUUGUUGAUACUGCGAGCGUCGUAUUGCGAGCGACCGUCAAGGCCGGUCAUGCUGCGGAGAGAUUUGGCAUCGCCGAGGUCUUUCCUGGGACCGGCGUAGUAGCUGUUACGCUCGCUGGCGAGAGCGGGCGCGGCGACUCCUUGGCUGCUGUAAAGGCUGGUACGCUCGGCAGAAGCAAUACCGCCCAUCCUGGAAACAGAAGCAGAGUAAAGGCCUGUUGUGCUGGCUCUGUCGGAGGCCUCGUUGUUGCCAGACAAGACACUGAGAGAAGAGGCCAAUGUGACAAUACUCGCGUUGUCGCUGGACAGGUGAUUGUCGGUGUUCAUGGACAAGUGGCGGGGAAUCGCCGAGACGGUGUUGAGGGUAUUUGCGGGAGAGGUGGACUGAAUCGUCGUCAAGGUCGUGGCCAGAGACUGAUUGCUGUGAUUGGGCGAGCUGAAGGUGCUUCCAUGGCCGGCGCCGUCGAUACUGCUCAGAGCUCCUCCUGUUGUGCCAGUAAACGCCUUACUGUGGCCAGUGUCGCUGUGGACUGUGUCUGGGAUCGUGGCCACUGUUGGCGCCUUGCUCCUGUUGCUCGGGUGAUUUUCUCUUUCUUGUUGGCCGCCCGAAAUGACACUGCUGCCGUCGUCGUUGCGCGGGUGUACUGGAGGGUUGUUCUUGACUUUGUCGUUGCUGGACGAGCCUUUCUUGUGCUUGCCGCCAGUCAAAGUGUUCCCUGUCUUCUUCUCCUUGCCACUGCUCCCAUUCUGCUCGCCUCCUUUAAGGCCUCUGCGGCCAUGGCGAAAACAGGUAGAUUGUCGGAUGAUGACGCAGCAAUGUCGCUUGUAUUUCCCAGUUGGGCAGCUGGGAGUGAAUGCGCUGCUGGGAAGGGCGAUGUGCGAUGGAUAAGGGGAAGUCGGUACACAGUCGUGUUUUGGUCUGAAUGGUGCGAUGUUGGGGUGAUAUAG